CCCUCGGCUUCACUCCGAGGAGGAACCCGGUGCCCCCCGGCUGAUCGUUUCCAAUUACGUUACCCCAAGAUGGAGGUUUGCAGAUGGCACUGCUAGCUACUACGAGUCUCCGUGUCUUUAAUCAAGCUUUUCUCGGGACAGAAGUGAUUUUGUGCCAUCUUUCUAUCGUGUGUUUUGGGGGAUCUACUUGGGAGACUCUGAGCUCCAGGUCCGGGUUGUGGCAACCAUGAGCUCCGGGGAAGGAGCGGAGGAAACGACGAAGGACGCUGGAGAAAUUGCGGCGUUCUUCAAGAACGAUGGAUCCCUCCCUAAAGAGCCAAAAGGAGAUGUAUCGAGUCAGAUAGCAGGUUUCAGGAGAAAUGAGGAGAUGAGAGCAAUGGAGGUUCUGUCCAUCCUCAAAGAAAAAGUCGCCUUUUUGUCAGGUGGCAGAGACAGACGCGGUGGUCCGGUGUUAACGUUUCCAUCACGCAGCAACCACGACAGAAUACGAACGGACGACCUGCGCAGACUGAUCGCUUACCUCGCAGGCAUCCCCAGCGAGGAAGUGUGUAAACAUGGCUUCACGGUCAUCGUUGAUAUGCGCGGCUCCAAGUGGGACAGCAUCAAGCCUCUGCUGAAGAUCCUGCAGGAGACCUUCCCAUCCUGCAUCCACGUCGCCCUCAUCAUCAAACCAGACAACUUCUGGCAGAAGCAGAGGACUAACUUCGGCAGCUCAAAGUUCGAAUUUGAGACCACCAUGGUGUCACUAGAGGGCCUGACGAAGGUCGUGGACCCCUCCCAGCUGACGUCAGACUUCGACGGCAGCCUGGAGUAUAACCAUGAGGAGUGGAUAGAGGUGCGUGUGGCGUUCGAGGAGUUCUCCGGUCACGCCACUCAGAUGCUGGCUCGUCUUGAGGAGAUGCAGGAAACGGUGUCGAGGAAAGACUUCCCCCAGGAUCUGGAAGGAGCCCGGCGGAUGAUAGAAGAACACGCCACGCUGAAGAAGAAAGUCAUAAAAGCCCCGAUAGAGGAGCUGGACACAGAGGGGCAGAGGUUGCUCCAGAGAAUCCAGAGCAGCGAGUCCUUCUCCAACCGUAACGGCAGCAGCGGUGGCGGCGGGGGGGGCAGCGGUGGCGGCGGGGGGAUGUGUAACGCCGACACGCAGGGCCUGGUGCCGCGCGUCACCCAGCUGCUGGACAAACUGCACUCCACCCGGCAGCACCUCCACCAGGCCUGGCACGUCCGCAAGCUGCAGCUGGACCAGUGCUUCCAGCUGCGCCUGUUCGAGCAGGAUGCAGAGAAGAUGUUUGACUGGAUCAUGCACAACAAGGGUUUGUUCCUGGCAGGCUACACAGAGAUUGGCAACAACCACCCCCACGCUAUAGAGCUGCAAACCCAGCACAACCACUUCGCUAUGAACUGCAUGAACGUGUACGUGAACAUAAACCGCAUCAUGUCGGUGGGCAACCGGCUGCUGGAGUCGGGUCACUACGCCUCGCAGCAGAUCAAGCAGAUCUCAAGUCAGCUGGAACAGGAGUGGAAGGCCUUCGCGGCGGCUCUGGACGAACGCAGCACGCUGCUGGAGAUGUCCGCCAGCUUCCACCAGAAGUGUGACCAGUACAUGAGUAACGUGGACUCGUGGUGUAAGGCGUGUGGCGAGGUGGAUCUUCCCUCUGAGCUGCAAGACCUUGAAGACGCUAUCCACCACCACCAAGGCCUGUACGAACACAUCACCGCUGCCUACUCUGAGGUGAGCCAAGAUGGCAAAGCCCUGUUGGACAAGCUGCAGCGACCUCUGACCCCGGGCAGCGCUGAUACGCUCACAGCAUCGGCCAACUACUCCAAGGCCGUGCACCACGUCCUGGACAUCAUCCACGAAGUGCUGCAUCACCAGAGGCAGCUGGAGAACAUCUGGCAACACCGCAAAGUGAGGCUUCACCAACGUCUGCAGCUCUGCGUCUUUCAACAGGACGUCCAACAGGUGCUGGACUGGAUCGAAAACCACGGCGAGGCGUUCCUCAGCAAACACACGGGCGUGGGGAAGUCUCUCCACCGAGCCCGAGCUCUGCAGAAACGCCACGAAGACUUUGAGGAAGUGGCACAGAAUACGUACACGAAUGCAGACAAGCUGCUGGAGGCGGCUGAGCAGCUGGCCCAGACGGGAGAGUGCGACCCGGAGGAGAUCUACCAGGCCGCCCACCAGCUCGAAGACCGAAUCCAAGACUUUGUUCGCCGCGUGGAGCAGCGCAAAGUCCUGCUGGACAUGUCUGUCGCCUUCCACACACACGUCAAAGAGCUGUGGACGUGGCUGGAGGAGCUGCAGAAGGAGCUGCUGGACGACGUUUACGCCGAGUCGGUGGAGGCGGUCCAAGAUCUGAUCAAACGCUUCGGCCAGCAGCAGCAGACCACGCUGCAGGUCACCGUCAACGUCAUCAAGGAGGGGGAGGACCUCAUCCAGCAGCUCAGGGACUCGGCCAUCUCCAGCAACAAGACGCCCCACAACAGCUCCAUCAACCACAUCGAGAGCGUGUUGCAGCAGCUGGACGAGGCCCAGGCCCAGAUGGAGGAGCUCUUCCAGGAGAGGAAGAUCAAACUGGAGCUCUUCCUGCAGCUACGCAUCUUCGAGAGGGACGCCAUCGACAUCAUCUCUGACCUGGAGUCGUGGAACGAGGAGCUGACGGGUCAGAUGACAGAAUUCGACACGGAGGAUCUGACGCUGGCCGAGCAGAGGCUGCAGCACCACGCUGACAAAGCCCUGACCAUGAACAACCUCACCUUCGAUGUCAUCCACCAGGGCCAGGAGCUGCUGCAGUACGUCAACGAGGUGCAGGCCUCUGGCGUGGAGCUGCUGUGCGACCGGGACGUUGACAUGGCGACGCGGGUUCAGGACCUGCUGGAGUUUCUCCACGAGAAGCAGCAAGAACUGGACCUGGCUGCCGAGCAGCACCGACGACACCUGGAGCAGUGCGUUCAGCUGAGGCACCUGCAGGCCGAGGUCAAGCAGGUUCUGGGUUGGAUUCGAAACGGCGAGUCGAUGCUGAACGCCGGUCUCAUAACAGCCAGCUCGCUGCAGGAGGCCGAGCAGCUGCAGAGGGAACACGAACAGUUUCAACACGCCAUUGAGAAAACCCACCAGAGUGCGCUGCAGGUCCAGCAGAAGGCCGAGGCUCUGCUCCAGGCCAACCACUACGACAUGGACCUGAUCAGGGACUGUGCGGAGAGCGUGGCCUCCCACUGGCAGCAGCUCAUGCUGAAGAUGGAGGACAGACUCAAGCUGGUCAACGCCUCAGUGGCCUUCUACAAGACCUCUGAACAGGUGUGCAGUGUGUUGGAGAGCCUGGAGCAGGAGUACAAGAGAGAGGAGGACUGGUGCGGGGGAGCCGACAAACUGGGACCCAACUGUGAGACGGACCACGUCAGCCCCAUGAUCAGCAAACACCUGGAGCAGAAGGAGGCUUUCCUCAAGGCAUGCACUCUGGCCAGAAGAAACGCAGACGUCUUCCUGAAGUACAUGCACAGGAACAGCGUCAACAUGCCGGGGAUGAUGAGCCACGUGAAAGCACCAGAACAGCAGGUUAAAAACAUCCUCAAUGAGCUGCUGCAGAGAGAGAACCGCGUCCUCCACUUCUGGACGAUGAGGAAGCGGCGGCUGGACCAGUGUCAGCAGUACGUGGUGUUUGAACGCAGCGCCAAACAGGCUCUCGAGUGGAUUCAUGACACCGGGGAGUUUUACCUCUCCACACACACCUCCACCGGCUCGAGCAUCCACCACACACAGGAGCUGCUGAAGGAGCACGAGGACUUCCACAUCACAGCCAAG